AUGCCAACGAAUCACUUUGCCUUAAAAAAGCCAGUAAAGGAAACGCCGGCGGAGACGGGAAAGUGGACACGACUGCCCCGACGCGCCCGCGAGCGCUGUGCCGGCGGCCAGUGUCCGAGCGCGUUCCCGCCGCGCGGCCCCAGGCGCCACCCGCGCAAAGGCUGCAGAGAGCGGCCUCAGGAGCCUGACGGCGAGCCUCGCCCGGGACAGUCCGGCCGCCGGGCCCGGAAACGCCCCCGGCCGCCUUGCAGCGGCCCCGAGCAGCGGCGGGCGUCUCUCGGGGGCUCCGCAGCCGGCGCCGAAGGCGAAGCCGCUUCUAGGUUACCUCGGACGGUUCGGCUUCGGGAGGCCGCUCCCUCUUCCCGGGGCUCAACCGCAAGUCACCGCCCGUCCGGCCACCGCUCUGAGGAGGUCAGCUCCCCGUCCCGCGCCUCUCAGAGGCUGGCCCCCGAGGCCCGGGGGUUUGGGAGCGGAGGCCUGGCACCACUAAACUUCGCCUGGCGCUGA